UUCACUACUCGUCUCUCAAUCGUUUUUCUGUUUUUUCAAAUUUCUCUCACUUGUUUGCUUUUUCUGUUUCUACUUCUGCAAAUAUUAUUAUCAUCUGUAUAUUUAUCUAUGAAACAUGAUGAAGAAGAAGAAGCUCUAAGCCAUUAAGUAAUAUUUCAAUUCACAGUACCUGCUGCUGUUAGUCUAGUUUCAGAAUCAUCUCCUCUUUUCAAGAAUAACAAGCAAAGAAUCUUAACCAUCAAUGGAAGCUGUUUACUUUAACGAGGAGGGAGGUGGUCCAGACUCAGGCCGUACUUCAACAACCACUGAAAUGAUGAAGAAGUACUACACCAAGAGAACGAGGAUGAGAAUUGACCAAGAGCAGGAAAAGGUUCACGGGAACAGACAAGACUAUCCUGCUCCUGACAAGGAAAUGAGACAUGAAGCAUCAGAGUUAAUGCCAAAGCCUGCUACUGCUAACCGCAACAGCUUACUCUUUCCAUGCACCAACAAAAAUGACUCCUACGCUUUCGACUACAAUUAUGGUGGAAGUGGAGGGUUUGACCAUAUAAGAGUGGGGUGUCUCUAUGAAUUAAAUCACAGUCCUGAUCAGAAUUCCAUUCCAGCUCAACUCAAAUCAGUUCGUGUAGUAAUGGUGAUCUCAAGAACAGAGAUUAAUGUAACACUUAGGUUCCCAAGCGUGUUAUCACUUCAUACCCACUACAGUAAUACUAAUGCUAUCGUCUCUGAUGAUCGAAACAAAAGGAUCCAGUACCAGCACCCACAACUAAUGAAGAAAGGGAAAUUGCGAGUGCAUCCAGAAUUAGAUGAAGAGUAUGUGAUGCAUUUAAAACUAGCAGGUAAAUUAUUGAUCCGGAAAAUACUGUCUUCAGAAUUCUCGAAACAGAAGCAUCUCAAGAGCUUUUGGGCACUUACCUCCCAACAACCAAUAUUAGCAUCAAUACCAGUACAAGACUAUAGUGGAUCAGAUGAUAACUAUGUUAGUGAUGAUGAUGAUGAUGAUGGCAAUUGUAAUGAGGCUCAAGUAGGUCGGAUUGGGUUGAAGAGAGGCACAGAAAAUUAUCAGUCUAAUUUAUGUCGUUCAUGGUCUAGUGGUGGUAGCAGUAGGUAUGAUAAUAAAUUGGUCAUGAGGAAGAGGGGAACCUGCUGGUCUGCUCUUACAAAUAAUUCUGAUUUGCAUUGGGGUGUGAGAAGGAGAGUAGCCUUCAUGGGACCAAACAAGAGCAAUAGCAACAAUGAUCACCACCAAGACUACAGAGCAGAGAUUAGCAAUAGGUUUAUGAGAAAGAGCAGCAGGGCAUCAGAACAUCAGUAUUAUCAGCAUCAAUCAUCUUUGGGCAUUUUUGAGGCUGUCCCAGAAGAGGAAGAAGAACAGGAACAAGAUGAAGAAGAAGCAAAUGCAAAUGAAAUGGUUGAAAUUCUGGGGAUGGAUCAAAAUCACAGUAUCUUCAGGACUAAUAUUACCACUGAGGAUGAUGAUGAUGAUGAAGAGUAUCAUCUUAGUCUAGAGAGAAGAAGAAGUCUCAGAAGUAGAAAUGUUGAUAGAAGUUCCAAGCAGCUGGCGGUGCUGCUGAGAAAUAGAAAACCCAGCAACAACUCCAAGACAGCAAAGAAGAAGAUUAAACCUCAAUGCCGUAGGGGUUUAUAUAAUCGGAAGAAAGAGGAGGAGGAGGAGGAGGAGGAGGAGGAGGAGGAGGAGGAGGAUAGUGAUGAUGAACAGAAUAAACUUACUCGUCGUGCUACUAGGAGCUCUGCUGCUGCUUCUGGAUUGAAGAUUAAGAUUAAGAAGAAUAACACAACUAAGAAGAAGAAGAGAAGGAUCAAGAAUACGGAACAGAGCAAUAAGGAUAACCAGAUUGUACUCCACAACAAGAGACAACUGGUGUCUGUUACUUCGUAUGAUAGGUGGUCUAAAGAGAGGUAUAGGAAAGCUGAGGUGAGCAUGCUGCAAAUCAUGAAAGAGAAAGAUGCAGUUUCUGGGAAACCAGUCAUGAGAAGGGUGUUAAGGAUGGAAGCUCGCAAGUACAUUGGAGACACGGGUCUAUUGGACCAUCUCUUGAAACACAUGUCUGGUAAGGUUGCUCCAGAUGGUGAGGUAAGGUUUCGAAGACGUCAUAAUGCGGAGGGAGAGAUGGAAUAUUGGCUAGAGAAUGCAGAUUUGGUUAACAUCAGGAGAGAAGCCGGAGUCAAGGAUCCUUAUUGGACACCACCACCUGGAUGGAUGCCUGGAGAUAACCCUUCCCAAGAUCCGCUCUGUGCUAAAGACAUAAAAUACCUCAAACAAGAAAUGUCCAGUCUCAAAAGAAAUGUGGAGGAAAUCAUGUAUAAGCAACAGCAGAACAAGAUGAAUGGGGAUAGUUCAGAAUUAGUCAUAGUGCCAGUGAAUAAUCUAAGUUCUGUUGAUACUCCUUUGGGUGAGGCAGAUGAUAGUACUCAACAUCAAUCAGUAGUACCCCAAUUGCAAGCUAGCAUUUCUCCCAUCACCACAAUUACUACUACACCUCUAGUUGUUGACCAGCCGCAUCAGCCGCAACAAAAUCAACUUCAAAAUUUUCACUCAUUGGAGGAAGAUUAUAACAAUUUGAUGAAGAAAAAAGCAGAAUUGGAGCAACAGCUGCUUGAAAUUUCAAAUUCCUUGAAUGGGAUGCAGGAAGAGGUGUGGAAAUUUACUUCUAGGGUGGAAGAUGCAAGAACUCCUACAACUACUGCUGGGGCUGAAAAAUCAUUAUCAGUGUUAACAGUAGUAGAAGACAGUAAUACUAGAAAAAGGAAAGCAUCUGAUGAGAAAGGAUUAGAUGAUCAAGUAUGGGUAACACCGGAGAGAUCAGAUGACCGUGAAAAAGUGAAUGAAGAGAAACAAAAAGUAGUUGAGAAGGAAACAAAAGAAGAAAAGCGUCAGAGACUGAGAAGUGGGUUCAGGAUAUGCAAGCCUCAAGGAUCUUUUCUGUGGCCAAACAUGGUUGCUGCCGCAUCAUCUCCAGGUAACAACAAUAGCAACAGUAGUAGUUCCUGCAGUAAUAGGAUGAUGAUGUUGUCUCCUACUGCUACUUACAAUCAGAGUCAAGUGGUCCCAACUCCCACAUCUGUAUCUUCCUCCACCACUUCAAAAUCCGAUUUUCUUCUUCUACCACCACCUCAAAAUCAGGAAACCCAUUUAACUACACCACCACCACAAGUGAAGCCCUUACUGGAUGUGAGCAGUCCUGAUAAGAAAGUUAUGGUUACUACAAUUCCAUCAACCUCAUUCUCACCACCAAACACUGAUAAAGUGGACUUUGUAAAUCUGGGAUCACCACCAGCUUACCAUCAUCAUCAAUCAUCCUCUAGCCUCUUAUGGAGAGAUCAGAUCCCCAUGUAUCAUCACCAAGUUGGCUUCAGUGACGUUUCCCCUGCUACUAACAGUCAAGGUCUAUUCUGUGGGACCCCCAACAACUCCUUUUACACCAACAGGUCCAAUACUACCAGAGCCGCCCAAGCAGUACGCCAACACCACCACCAACAACCACGUACUCUGUCUCUCCUCCCAAAUGUGUCCUGUGGAAGAGGAAAUGAUGAUAAACAUCUUCAACAUCAGGAAAAUGAUGCUGUAAGGAUAGCACAGGAGGCAGCUGCUGCAGUGAGCUUCAACAGCCGUAAUGCUGCUAGUACUACUACUACUACGAGUGAUUAUGAUACGCCCAUUAGAAGAGAGAUGGUGAUCCCGCAGAUCUAUCAGAGGAAGCAGAAACAACAUCACCAGUAGUUAAGAGUAUCAUUAUAGAAGGCCGGAGAAUUGAUCUAAAUUAGAAGACACAUUAGUUAAUCUUUCUAUAGUAUUGGAGUAUUAUCUUUAAUAAUUAAGAACAAUAGUAAAAAUUAGUUACUGCAGCUGAUUUUGGUACAUUGCUAGGCUGUCAUAUUUAAAAAAAAAGGAGGAUUAAGUUUAGAGAGCCGUUUGGAAAUAACACGUAAUUUGAAGGACUUUUAAAUGUUUUUUUCCUAUAUGGGAUCCUUCUUAUAAGAUCAGUUGAACAACA